AUGAUGCACUUGGUUUGGCUUAUAUGGGUGGUGGUGUUUCUGACAAUCCGCUCCAUCUAUCGUUUGUACUUUCAUCCUCUUGCUAAAAUCCCGGGCCCUAGGCUCGCGGCCAUCACCCAUCUCCCAGAAUUCUACCACAACGUCAUUCGAAAUGGCAUGUUCAUCUGGGAAAUUGAGAAAAUGCACCAAAAAUAUGGGCCUAUCGUCCGGAUUAAUCCCCGCGAAGUUCAUAUCAAUGAUCCAUAUUACUACAGCGAGGUAUACGGAGGUGGUGCUCGAGUACGAGACAAGGACCCGAUAUCUGUAGCUGUCUAUUCCUCCCCAGGUUCUACUGUGGCGACAGUUAAGCACGCGCAACACCGCCUCCGACGCAGUUUGCUUAGCCCGUUUUACUCAAAAAAGGCGAUUAUGGAAGCGGAACCGAUGGUGCAGGAGAAGGUCGGCAAACUUCUUAACCACUUUGAAACAGCUUACCAGACACAGUCAAUCCUGGGACUGAACAGGGUAUUUCAAGCGUUUACAGCAGAAGUCGCGACCCACCACUUCUAUGGUAGUAGCUUCGACAUGUUGGGGAAUGAACAGUUCAGCCGGGCGAUUCAAGACAGCAUUGACGCAAUUACAAGGACAUCGCCGUUUAACAAAUUAUUCCCUACGAUUGGAGCGCUGCUCCGGUUUAUACCGCCCUGGAUUCUGGUCCGCUUGCGGCCGGCGAUGAGCGGCAUUGUUCGCCUGCAGGAAACUUACACCACGAAGACACGGAAUGCCCUCGCUGCAAGGAAUGAGUCAGAGUUUGCGAGCAACGACAGUCGAGACACUCCAUUUACUGUUCUCAUCAAUCCAAAACUCCCUCAAGAAGAAAGGAGCCUCCAUCGCUUAUUAGAUGAGCAAAUGGCUAUCCUUGGAGCCGGGUCAGAGUCCACCACUAACACACUAACUGUAGCCAUGUUCCACCUGCUCAACAACGGAGCAAUCUACCUCAAACUUCGCCGGGAGCUGGAAGGUAUUAUGCCCACUCCCACCAGUAUAGCCCGCUUGUCUCAAACCCAGCAUCUUCCGUAUCUGACAGCCGUUAUCAACGAAUCCUUGAGACUCUCCUUUGCAGGAUCCAGUCGAUUUCCGAGAGUAGCACCCACAGAGUGUUUGGCCUAUAGAUCAUACGUAAUUCCUCCCGGGUCUGACGAAACACAUCACAAGACACCCGUGAGCAUGUCGAGCUAUUUCCUGCAUAUGGAUAAUCAAAUUUUUCCAGAGCCAGAAAAGUUCAACCCUGACCGAUGGAUCCUUGCAGAUGAAAGGGGGGAGCGGCUAUUCAAGUUCAUUGGCUCUUUUACCAAAGGCAGCCGGAUUUGCCUAGGCAUCCACCUUGCAUAUGCAGAAAUCUACCUAGCCCUUGCCGCUAUCGUCCGUCGGUUUGACAUAGAACUGUAUGAGACUACCGCAGAGGAUAUUCGCUUUACGCGUGAUCUUCUUGGGCCGCGUUCCGAGAAGGGUGUCUGGAAGGUUCAGGCGAGGGUGACCAACAUGAUAAGUAAAUAA